AUUUCAUCCCCAACGCUCGUCAAAAAAUAAAAUUCUCCAUUCUCCCCUCCUCUUUAAAAACAAAACAAACACUCCCAAAGCUCUCUGACCUGUAUUCUUUAACCAGCGCUCUUUGCUCUCUUGGGAUCGAUGGACACCUCGAUCGGCAGCGUGGACGGGGUGGCGAAGCCCAUCUGCAAUGACGUUGGCUCUCUCCCCGCCAUCGCCUGCCACCCCAUCAGCCCCGCCGCUGCUUCCAUCUGCGAAGCCGGGGCCACCCUCGGCCGCCACCUCGCCCGCCGCCUCGUCCAGGUUGGUGCCAACGACGUAUUCUCCGUCCCCGGCGACUUCAACCUCACCCUCCUCGACCAUCUCAUCGCCGAGCCCGGCCUCAACAUCAUCGGAUGCUGCAACGAGCUCAACGCCGGAUACGCAGCCGAUGGAUACGCCCGCUCCCGCGGCGUCGGCGCCUGCGUCGUCACCUUCUCCGUCGGCGGCCUCAGCGUGCUUAACGCCAUCGCCGGCGCUUAUAGCGAGAACCUCCCUGUUAUUUGCAUCGUCGGCGGUCCCAACUCGAACGACUACGGUACCAACCGCAUCCUCCACCACACCAUCGGCCUCCCUGACUUCUCCCAGGAGCUCCGCUGUUUCCAGACCGUCACCUGCUACCAGGCGGUGGUGAAUCACCUGGAAGAUGCCCAUGAGCUGAUCGAUACUGCGAUCUCCACUGCUCUCAAGGAGAGCAAGCCCGUCUAUAUUAGCGUCAGUUGCAAUCUGCCGGCUAUUCCCCAUCCCACCUUUAGCCGGGAGCCCGUCCCUUUCUUCCUCUCUCCCAGAUUGAGCAACAAGAUAGGCCUAGAGGCGGCUGUUGAAGCCACCGCCGAGUUCCUGAGCAAGGCAGUGAAGCCGGUCUUGGUCGGAGGCCCCAAGAUCAGGGUGGCCAAGGCUGGAAAGGCCUUUGUGGAGCUGGCAGAUGCUUGCGGCUACCCCAUAGCCGUGAUGCCGUCGGCCAAGGGACUCGUCCCAGAGCACCACCCACACUUCAUCGGAACCUACUGGGGUGCCAUCAGUACUGCUUUCUGUGCCGAGAUCGUGGAGUCGGCCGAUGCAUACCUCUUUGCAGGGCCCAUCUUCAAUGACUACAGCUCGGUCGGGUACUCCCUCCUCCUCAAGAAGGAGAAGUCCAUUAUCGUGCAGCCUGACCGUGUGGUGGUUGCCAAUGGGCCUGCUUUUGGGUGUAUCUUGAUGAAGGACUUCCUCCGGGAGCUCGCCAAGCGGCUCAAGCGCAACACUAAUGCCUACGACAACUACCACCGGAUCUUUGUGCCCGACGGUGUCCCGCCUGAGUGCAAGCCCAAGGAGCCUCUGAGGGUGAAUGUGCUCUUCAAGCACAUCCAGAAGAUGCUAACAAGUGACACUGCUGUGAUAUCUGAGACUGGCGAUUCUUGGUUCAACUGCCAGAAGCUUAAACUGCCACCAGCUUGCGGAUACGAGUUCCAAAUGCAAUAUGGUUCUAUUGGAUGGUCUGUGGGAGCGACUCUGGGGUAUGCCCAAGCAGCAAAGGAUAAACGUGUGAUUGCCUGCAUUGGUGAUGGAAGCUUUCAGGUGACUGCCCAAGAUAUUUCAACGAUGAUGCGGUGCGGGCAGAACACCAUCAUUUUCCUCAUAAACAAUGGGGGAUACACCAUUGAGGUGGAGAUCCACGAUGGCCCUUAUAAUGUCAUCAAGAACUGGAACUACACUGCCCUGGUGGAUGCUAUCCACAAUGGCGAGGGCAAAUGCUGGACGAUGAAGGUUCAAUGCGAGGAGGAGCUUAAGGAGGCGAUCCAGACAGCACUGGGUCCGAAGAAAGACUGCUUGUGCUUCAUAGAAGUUAUUGUGCACAAGGAUGAUACCAGCAAAGAGUUACUGGAGUGGGGCUCGAGGGUUUCCGCUGCAAACAGUAGGCCACCAAACCCUCAGUGAUCUCAAAUGUCUGCGAUUCUGAAUUAGUACUUCUUCAGAAUAUUUGCCCGCCCUGCUUUUGAUGUCUGUUAUAUGAGUUGGUAGUGACGAUAUGUAAUUUUUUUUUUCUCGAUCAUCAUGUCUCAAUACCUAGUUCUUGCCAGUCUAUUGUACCGAAGAACCUUUGACAAUGCGACUUCAAACUUGCUCUUUGUGUGAAAAUUAAGAAAUCUAGUUGGUUGGAAGUGAUUCCAUUUGGUGAAGAAUUUA